UCCUGCAGCGCGUCCUCGUAUUCUUUACUUAGUUUAGUUUUGAUAGUUCAGGGGUAAACACACACCCAGCACUACCUGUAAUUAAUAAAAUGUUGACAUUAGUUUGCUUUAUUUCCUGUUUAGCAGCUGUACAAGCUGCAGUACCAAGCUUCGGAGCGUGUCCAAAUGUCAGAGGAAUGACUAACUUUAACAAAAACAGUUAUCUUGGAGUUUGGUAUGAGUACUCUAACGUUUUCGAAAUUUUUCAGAUAGGAUCUUCAUGUGUCCGAGCAACAUAUACAGAUCUAGGAACAAAUGUAGGGGUUCUAAAUGAACAAGUUAACGAUCUAACAGGGUACGGGAACAUUACUGGAACCGCAAGACCUGCUGCUUUAAGUGGAGAAUUCAUUGUGGGGUUUUCAUCUGUACCAUUUGCAAGUGGAGGCACUGAACCUAACUACAGAGUGGUAGAUACCGAUUACACUUCCUAUGCUGUUGUCUACAGUUGUAGUCCGUUCUUUUUCUUCAUGAAAAAGGAAUCCCUUUGGUUACUCACCAGACAACAAACACCUCAGCAGUACGUUGUUGAUGUUGGGUACAGCAAGAUGAGGGCUCUGGGUCUUCCUGUGGCAGCACUCGAAAAGACACCUCAGACGAAUUGUAUUAGGCUACCUCUACCCAGUACAACUACUGCAACUGCAGGGAAAUAGAUGUAAAGUGUACACAAGAUUAUGUACAGUGAUACCCAGAAAAAAUGUACUAUAGGAAGACGAAAUUAAAACAAUAAUGCACUGCAUAUGAUGUUGUUACAAGCACAUAGUUUACAAAUAAUUUAUUGAUUCAGUUAUUGAUAAUGGUCUGUUUACACGGCACAUUGAUGUGCCUAAUCUUAAUUGAACUAUUUAAAGUCAUGACUUGAGUCUAAAAGCAACUUCCUAUUCCAGAGUUUUUUGGUUAUCACUGUACUGUAUUGCUGACAGUAGAGUUGGUGUACAGUGGUCCACAAUAUUAAUCAUGAAUUUGAAGACCAAACAUAAAUUAGAACAUGGAUCAUGAUCAUGAUAUCGUCGAGACAUGAAUAUUUAAACUGUUUCUUUUUAGAGCAAGUGAAUUUUUUUAUUUAGAUCUUCUUCAAUUCUACUUUAUUUUUGCGACCACUGUAAGAAAGUGAAAAGGCUAAAACUGCCACGCUUGACAUCAAUUUUACUGUUAAUAUGUCAUAAAAAAAUUGUGUUAUGUAACGUUAAGCAUUGUACAGUAAGUACAAAGUUAAGGUGGGUAUAAUUGUACGCAUAUUUUUGGGACGGUUACGGGAAAAAUUUUCUUACAACGCAUUAAAAUCAAAAUCAAAUUUUUUGUGAGUAUUACAAAAUAUAGUUAUCAAAUAAAUUUUUUGUGGACUUUAAA